CGGGGAGCAUGGAUGUUGCGUGCGCGCCGCGCCAGUCGGCUGGCUGCCGGCGACCGCGCGAUGUGCAUAAACCCGUCCGCGAUACAUAACAACAUACUCCACUCUCGGGACGUGAUCGGACUCAAGUCACUACUUUUUUAUUUAUACGAAAUAAACUGUGACCAAAGUGUUGUGCUGUGAGGAUUUAUUACAAUAAUUUUAUAUUUAAUUCGGUUAACAAAUACAAGCUAAGAGGACCCCCUGUUAUAUUUAAGAUUACAUCACACAUGAAUCCAUAGCCGUCAAAAUGGUGGACACACAGCAUUUUUGCCUGCGCUGGAACAACUACCAAAGCAGUAUCACAAGCGCCUUCGAGAACCUUCGAGAUGACGAGGACUUCGUCGAUGUCACCCUGGCCUGCGAUGGCAAGAGUCUGAAGGCACAUCGAGUCGUAUUGUCAGCCUGCAGUCCUUAUUUCAGGGAGCUAUUAAAGUCAACGCCAUGCAAACACCCAGUGAUAGUCCUACAAGACGUGGCAUUUACGGACCUGCAUGCGCUGGUGGAGUUCAUCUACCAUGGCGAGGUGAACGUCCACCAGAGGAGCCUCUCCUCCUUCCUCAAGACAGCUGAAGUGCUUCGCGUCUCUGGACUCACGCACAAUGACAAUGCACAGGGGCCCCUGAUGCAGCCAGCACGCGCCCCAUCCACGACAUCGCCGCACACGCCGCCGCACUCCGCACACAGCACACACAUCAGCCACACGCCCUCCUACGACCGCCUGGAGGAGGCCCUGCUGCAGCCGACCAGCUCCAGCGUGCAGCAGCUCAUGCGCCGCACGCCGCUGCCGCCGCGCCGGCUCAGCCGCUCCGCCGACAACAGCCCUGACGUCAUCAAGCGUCCACGUCACGACAACAACAACGAACAGCCCCAAAUCCACGACUUCUCUACAAAGAACAACACCCACGCUCGCGCCCACAACGAGACGGGCAACAACGGGAAUGGCAUCUCCAACAGCAGCUCCUCGCCGUCUCCGAGGCUCAUGGACGAUGUGAAGAACGAGCCCAUCGACAUGAUCUGCCCAUCCAACCCGGACAUCGAUCGGAGCACGGACGACACGCCGCCGCAUCAUCACAGACCACUUGGAGGAGGCCCGCCGUCUCGUGGCAGCUCUGCUGAUGCCGAAGAGUGCACGCCACCACCACACCCGCCGCCGUUCAUACAGCCUCCAGACACUAAGCUCUUCAACCCGGCCAACACGUACAACUUUACUAUGGAAGCCCUCUCGCAUCCCUCUUUGACUGGUCUCCAAAGUCCACUGGCUCCGGACGGCAUCGCAAGUACUUCUCAAGUUGGCCCUCUGGGCGCGGGGCACCGCUGCGAGGUGUGCGGCAAGCUGCUGUCCACGCGGCUCACGCUCAAGCGGCACACCGAGCAGCAGCACCUGCAGCCGCUGCACUCGGCGCGCUGCUCCCUCUGCCACAAGGUGUUCCGAACGCUCAACUCGCUCAACAACCAUAAGAGCAUCUACCACCGCCGGCAGCGCGGCGUGCCCCAGCAGACGCAGCCGCAGAACCUCACCACCAGCCCCGACACUAAGAUCAAUCCACAGCAUCACAACAUUGACUUCUACAAGUUCAAAGACCAGUUCAAUGUCUAAUUCUAAACUUUUCCUUUUACUUUCGUAAUCCUCUUAUUCUCUAUUUGAAAAUGAAAGUAACUAUUUGAUUAUAUUUUCAUAUGAUUAUCCUUUAUUUCCGUAAUAGUUUACGGGACUUGAUAUAUUAUUGUUUCUCAGAUUUGUUUUUCUUUAUAAAAUAUUUAUUUGACCUUUGAACUUGUACGUAGGGGUUGACAUUGACUAACAUCACAAUAUUUAACGGCUUUCUGACAUUCCACUUGUUACAAGGGAGGGCGACUGAGAUCGAAUUUCAAAAUGUCCUUUUGUUGUUUAGAAAAUGUUUUCGAUCGAUUGCGCCCGGAGAGUGCAAUACUGCGGUAUACAAUGAUUCCUGAAUUUUACACUAUGUUAAAUGUGCGACAAUAAGGCGAAGAGAAAAAAAUAAUAUUUUGAGAAAAGAUGAAAAAUCUUGGUGCUGUAAAUUUAUAUAUUAGGCUUAAAUUUAUAUAAAAGAAAUGGUGUUCGUGUAAGUAACAGAAGAGGCAUAUUGUUUUCAAAUUGUGUUCAUUAUUUUUGGCAAUUUAUUUAUUCUGUAAUUUAUCUGCAUGAUCUCAAUCUUAGAUAUUUAUACGAGAUUACUAAACGAAAAUAUGUAAAAAUUAUAAUUAAAAGCUAUAUACACAGAUAUAUAAUUGGCUUAUGAGGCUUUCAAAUUAUUAUUUUUAUUUUAGGAGUUUUUAAUUUUUCAUUUAAGACUGAAUUCAGGAUUUAUAAUAGCACCAAUAGAAUGAGAUGAAGGAUUGUUUUUGCAAAAACAUAUACAGUAUACAUAUAUUUACCCGCAGAUAGCACUACCACAGAUAUACCGGACUAUACAACACACAUAAACCAGGAAUACAUAUACAUAUAGACCACAGACCCAUAGACCGACACAGACAAACAGAACAACUCAUAGCUUUCUUUUUGCAGUCGACAGGUUUUUAUAUUAUUUUAUCAAUAUAUUUAUUUAUCUCAUUUGUCGACUUUUCUAUAUAAGUUGCUGCCUUUUUAUCAUUAUUUUGUUAUUAUUAUUACUGACAAACAACCAUCAGUCUAAGAAAUUGCAUUUUACAAGUGAAUCGCAAGGUGCCAUCUUAAAAGAAUAUGGCUAUUUUAUUUUUUAGUUUAGUUACAUUUUUUUUAGUUUUUAACGCAGUCUUGUGUUCGUUUCAAUUUAUUAUUAUUUCGUUGAGCCUUUUUAUUAGGAUAGUUUUUUUUUACAAAUAAUAUUUUUUCGCUUUUUACCGAUCUACUUUUACUCGUAUUUUUUGUACAUUAAACACUCACAGUUUGUUUUUUGUUUUGUACAAUUGUAAUUACACAUUAUUAUUAUUAUUAUAUUAUACAUAAUAGGUAAUAGUAUAAAAACAAAUUUUUAAUAAUUCUCAGUGUUAAAUGUUCCUAAAUUUCAACAGUGUGAACUUUCAACUACUAAAUGUUCCGUGUUCGAUGUUAUUUAGUGACGGAAUUUUGCUUGCCAUAAAUAAUUUUAGUGUACGCCUGCAUAUUGAAUGACGAAACUUCGACGCGUUACAACCAUGAGAAAAACACAAGAAAAUAUUAAAAUGGUACGUAUUAUCUGUACCUACAUUAAUAACGAAGAUUGUCCUAGAACUGUUUUUAAUGGAAAAUUACAAACACAAACUUUAUGUACGAUCUUCGAGAGAAAGAAAAACGAAUGGAGAUCGGAAAAGUUUUAUUUUCGCGUUAAAGUUAAAUCAUUCAAUAGACAAAUUAAUGUGCGUCUUUCUUUGUGAAAAUAUUCUAGUUCGUGAAACAUCACUUAUUCAGACUUUAUUAAGUCGAUAAAUAUCAAUAUUGUUAAAAACUUUCAUUUUAUAGCAAUAAGGAACUUUGAUUGUAAAUGUUAACAUAAUUUAUUAUAAAUGAUAUACACCCUAAGUAAUAUUAGUGCCUGCUUCAUAUUAUUGUGUUCUUAUUGACAAAAAAAAAGACAUAUUUUGCGUAUUUUUUCGUAACUUUGAAAGCAUUGUUAGGUAGUGUUUGACACACUUUAUACCUAGAGAAAUAUGCUUUACGUAAACAACUGAGAGGCUUCCUGAAAUGCUAUAUGUUAUCAAAUUCUGUUGUUAUUGCUAGAUACAUAAAUGCUUAGCCAUUAUUCGUUUAGUUAAUUAGUAAGCUUUAUUGUAAUAGUUUGGCCAAUUGGAAGACUAGAGAUUUGGUGCUAAAGGAACGAUGUUCGUGUUAGAAAAAAUAAGGGAAUCGAAAAUGGAAUCUAAAUUAAUUCAACAUUUCGCAACAUUCCGAUACGAAGGGGAAAUGAUAAAAAAUGUUAAGUUUUUAUUUGCGUAUCAUUGCAAAGUUUGAAACGUAGGAUUGUUGUUUUUUGAUUAGUAAUUUAGUCAUAGUUUUUCUUGUUAAUUUGGGUUUGGGAAAUUAAGUUAGUUGAUUAAAUAGGAUUAAGGUUUAUCUGAAUUCAUAUAGUUAAUAGAAAUACAUGUUUAAUUUACGAUUACAGGGAUGUGCUGCAAAGGCAGUACGGUAUUUCAGCUAUUUUCAGUAUAGCUACGAAAAAAAUUUAAGAAUUUAUUUAGUAAAAAAUCUUGUCUCUGGUUGGGAAAAAUUUUGCCAAAAUAAUAAGCGCUAUAGACUGAUUAGAGUAAGUACGCGUUCGACUUGUACACUAUUAGGCGUAUUUUAUAGAUAAAAAAUGUACAUUAUUUACUAAAUUUAUUGAUAAUUUUAUAAAAAAAAAUGAAGAAUGGCGUCGCGCAGAAGGCGGUCAAAGCGUGAUUAAUUUUGGUAUUAUAAACUCGAAAUUGAUUUGUGAUUCAAAUGAUCUUUUGGUUCGAAAUUUUUAGGUGUUAAGUUAUUUUGGGAUCUCGAGAGACUGAAAGUCUCGGGUUUGAAAGGGUAAGAAUUACACCGUGUUCUAAGGAGCAGAACACAUCCCUGUCGAAACUAUAUUAGUUAGGAUCUUAGCAAGAUUAAGACUGUUUCUGUGACCUGUUUAAGUUUUUAUCUUUCUAACAAGUUAAGGUUUUUUUUUUCAAAGCGUCACGUGCGCGUGCGCUGACUUUAUCCAAUGUGUUCUUAUACUUCUUGUUGGCAUUUUUACUUAUUUUAUAAGGAAUCUAAAUUAAUUUAUUGGUUGUUGUAUUGAAAAUUUUAUAUAUUUUUUUUUUCUUAAAUUAUUGUUCUACUAUCCACGAAUCUAGAUAACUAUUUUUGUUAAUGAUUGGCAUCUGUGUAAUGCAGUCCAUUAGAUUGUUUAAUGUUAUUCGAGAUUGUGCCAAAACUUCGGUGUUUUUAUGUUUUGUCUUCCAUUUAAGGCGAUAUUAGUCUUGUACGUAGCGUGGAACGCCAAAAGUAAACAAAUUAUUUUAAUGGGCUGCACUUAGUUAUAUUUCUAAUAUUAAAUGAUUUCGCAACACUAUAUUAUAUAUUCGUAAAUAGUUCUUUUCCUUCCUUACUUUUUAAAUUAAAAUAAUUGAAGUAACUACUCAUAAAAUGUAAUCGUUAAACCGAACUUCAUAAAUCCUAAUAUUGAUGAUAAUGGCGUUUUUAAUAAAAACAAAUAUACAAAAAACUUAUUGCCAGUUUUAUUAGUACAUCCUCCGGCUACCCGAGUAUAUAUACUCUUUGGUUUAUUUUGUCCAUUACGAGCUUUUUUGUAGAGACAAUUAGACGAUUUCCAUAGUGCACUGUUUUAUUUUUUUAUUAAUUUCGAAACACGCUUAGCAUAUCUAGUUUUCCCGCCUAAAUAUUUAUUUUCCCGCCUCAAUCGCAUGCUGACUGUUAACACCCUUCAUGAGCCACUGUAGCUUCGCCAUCAUUUCAAUUUUUAUUUUUCUAUUUUUAUUUAUCAUUUUAUUUUAGUCACACUCUUUUUGUUUUUAUUUUUUUCUUGACCAAAGAAAAAGAAAAGAGAAAAUGUAAUGAAUAAUGACAUGAUCCCUGGGAUAGGUUUUAUUUUUGUUAAUUUAUACCGCGUUCGGGGAGCAACCCCAUAUUUUUUUGUUUUUUCGAUCUGUUUACAGGUAAAAAGUUAUUCUCGUGCUCGCUAUGCGGGAAGGUUCUGUGUUCAAAGGCGUCGUUGAAGCGGCAUAUCGCUGACAAACACGCAGAGCGGCAGGAGGAAUACCGAUGCACGAUAUGUGAGAGGGUAUACUGCUCGCGCAACUCUCUGAUGACCCACAUAUACACCUACCACAAGUCGAGGACAGGGGAGCCAGAUCAAAUACGAUUUUUUUAGUGACUACUUGGACGGAGUUGGCGCGGCGUGCGGCAGUAUUCAUCUAGCAAAGAGAAUCUACACGAGCCCAAUCUACCCGAACCCGCCGUACAUAGCAACACUCACAAAGCAGUCCCGCCCCUCCGUAUGCCCCCGCCCACCGCCGGCGGUAUCAACGAGCCACAAGAAUGUCCUUACUGCCGCAGGACAUUCUCUUGUUACUAUUCCUUGAAGCGACACUUCCAAGACAAGCACGAGCAGUCGGAUACGCUGUACGUGUGCGAGUUCUGCCACCGGAGGUACAGGACCAAGAACUCGCUGACGACGCACAAGAGCCUGCAGCACCGCGGCUCCAGCGGCAUGCUGAAGCGGCUGCUGAAGACGUCGGCGCUGCACUCGGCGCUGGCGCCCUCCCCGCACCACCUGUUCGACUUGGGCGCCGACCACGGCCCGCAGCUGCCGCCUGGCCUUCAAUGACCUCAGACCAUGGCUUAGACCGGUGGCAGAGGUCCCUGUUCCAAAUACACUUGGCCCCCUCGCCAAGUCUAUUUGUAAUACGGCUAGAUGACGCGCUUACGACUCGGAUAGCAGCAUACAUGUGCAAUAUAACGGACAAUGCCAAAACGAUGCAGGCCUCGGCCGCAUCCAUGGUUUAUCGUAUUAUAAUUAGUAAAAUAUUGACGUUAGGAUUAAAAUUACAUAAACAGUAUUGUCGCACGCGGCCGGUAGAGGUCGCCUAGUGUACGCUUCGACGAUCGGACUUCGCUUUGUGACUAGGACGUAACAGUUGCGAGUUACGGCAUUUUCUAGUGAAAAUGUUCCAACAGUGUUCAUAUAACAAUGUAAUCCAGAGCAAUACUAAAGUAUUCAUAUUUCUAGUACUGCCAAAUUAUGCCAACUGUAUUCUAAAGAGAAAUACAUUUUUUAAAAUCACUUUUCGAUAAAUGUCUAGUGUCAAAUUAGAUUCGGUAACUGUACAAAUUGAAAACGUACAAAUUUUAAUGAAAUGCAAAGAAAAUAUUUUUUACUGAAACUUUUUUCGGAACGCCAAAUCUAAAUUAAUUAAAUGAUACAGAUUAUUUAGCGGUUAAUUACAAAAAUGUUUAGAUUAAAAGUAAAAAAAAAAUGUUGAUGUUGAGUAAAAAAUUAAAGACUUCUUAGAAUCUGAUUUCGAAAGUACAAAGUGUAACGUCUAACAAUAUCUAAUCUAUGUGCGUUUGGCUUCAGUAAUAUAAAUGAUUAUGAUCAAUGUGUAAGUAGCCGUGCCUUCGUUCGUCUUCGAAGUAUAAAGAUGAAUUUGUGAACUGACGAGGUAUGCGCAAGAGACGGUUCAGGACGAAUCAAAGUUGGCGGUGACGUUUCGAAAAGGGAAAAUGCUGUAGGGUUGCCAGUCUCCGGUGGAAUCCUUGAAUACAGGGUUAAGAGUGAGUAAACAGUUGUAGGAAAUAGAGGCGCUGGUUAGCCAGAAAGUGGGUCUUCGAAAAGCAGUUCGACGAUCGUAUACGUGUGCAUGAUUACAAAUCAUGAAACAAAUCAAACAUUUCUUCUGUAUAGAAAUACGUAGAGUUUAGGUAUUAAUUAAUAGAAUUAUAUUUAACCUGUAUCCAUUUUCGGAUUUCUCUCUAUGAGUGUAUAGUGGUUCUUAUUUAAUGUCGACCAACGUAGCUGAUGUCUCGUUAUUGAAAAUUUAUUAGAUUAUUAUUAUAUUAUUCUCAAAAAAUCUUAGGAUUACCUAACCAUAAGAUGGCUGCAAAUUGUAUAAAAAAUUAUUUUAUUUACUUAUAUCGUAGAAAAUUGCUUGCGAACCGCGUUUUCAGGUAACACAACAUAUCUAUUCAGGGUUAUCGAAAGCAAACAUUUCGAUCAUUGAAUCGCGAUCCAAUCUCUAAACCACAUAUCACAAACCCAUAAAUAUCUUUAAUCAAGGAAAGUAUUGUUAACACCGUGAUAUUUCACAAAGCCAAAGAAAACAAGUUAAUGUGAAUAAUACUUGCUGAAAUGCAUUUAUUCCCGUAGACAUAUGACAACUUUCUGAACAAUGUUAAAGUGCUGAAAUGUAUUGUGCCAUAUCCAAUUUACACGUUUCAUACAAUUAUCCAGAACCUAGGAACCUAGGAACAUAUCAAUAUCUGCUCACUGUAAGUGAAGUUAAACUCCAGCCCACUGGGACGCAUUAUACAAUGCAAGUGUACCACGGAGUACCGUUGCAACGCCAGGCACCAAUGCAUCUACGUACGUUGUUUUAGAGCAAUCAACAUUAUAUUUUUGCAUUUAUUUUUCCAUUGUUAAGUAACUUGGGUAUAGGAACGUAACGUAGGGUUUUUUGUAUUUUUACUUUCUUUUUCGGAAUGUUACAUAUAUGUGUACUUUGUGAUAUGAUAUACAUUUAAUGAGAAGUUGUUUGGUAUAUCCAGAUAUUUAACAUUUAAGUUUUAUCAUUUUAUCCUCAGCUUAAAUAGGUGUUAGUGUCGGGUUGGUUUCAAAGUAUUGUUACGUGGACACUAGCCGGUUAGCCCGUGUAUACCUCCAUUCAAGUAGUACCUCAACUAUUAUAUUAUUUUGUUUUAUUAUUUUUAUUUCAAUGUUACAGGCUGUUUAUUUUUAAUGUAAAAGGAACACGUCGACGAAAUAUUUUCGGAAAUAUUAAAGAUCAUAGCAUCAUUUAGCUGGAGCUUAGAAGGAAAAAGCAAGCGGGUAGUUUGAAUUGUAAAUAUAAGUUAGAUGACUUACACAACUGAAGUAUCGUGGCAUCGCUCGGGAAUAGAAGCCUCGUGAUAUUAUUAACUAAAUAGUAAAUAGAUAAAAUCAUUAAUGGAAAGGAUUUUUAUAUAUUCUACUAAUGGAUUUAUUCAUAGUGAAACUUAGACUUAGUCGUCAUAAUGUUUUUUUUUUUAAUGUUUGUGUUUAUUGUUUUCGCUGUGCAAUGAUUUCUUAUUGGUUUGGCUGUUCAUUGAGCUUAUUGUUGACUGUUUCGUUGAAAUAUUGGAUUUUACACGCCCACACUUAUUUUGUGGUUCGAUUUUUUUGGAUGAAUUUUUCUAAAUUGAUCUCAAUUGACAGCUGCGUACUACAUCAAUUUUGGAGACAGCCGUUGGUGAUUGUUGUUAGGUCUAUUACUAUUGUGUAAUUUGUGUUAAGUUUGGAUUAUGUGUCGGCAAAAACGGAGGAAUAGAAAUCGCAGCGUGAAAAAAAUGUUAAAUAAAAAAACAAAAAAACGCAAAAGUAAACAAUAGCUAAAGAAAAAAAAAGUAAAUACAGCGAAACAAUAAUAAGUAAAAGUAUAUUUUGCAAUGUAUACCAAAAUACUGCAUUUUUAAAUAGUAAGAUGAAAAGUGAGAAAAUCUUUUUUUUAAAUAUAUAUAUUUUUACGUGUAAAUUAUAGCAGCCCUUUGAAUUCGCAAUAUAAUUUUUUCGCUUGUUCGCCAGUUAAUAACGUUAAGUUUUAAAGAAAUAAUUUUAUAAACCGACUGUGUUACUAAUUAGUGUUAUGCACAAAGUAACCAACAACGGGAUGCCUUCGAAACAGUACAACUUUAACAAUAGCCUACACUAGAUAAAUAAAUAAGGAUUUCGCGUACUUUGGAAUGACUAUUCGGGUAUCACCGACCGUCUCAAACAAACAGCACAUGAACUAAAAAAAAAAGUGAAAAAGAGCAUUCACACGCUAAUGUUCAAAUUUUUUGACAAUAUUUUUGUGCUAGAAACAUCUGGUAGCAAGCCAUGUUUUUCAAGGCUUCACAGCCAGAACUGACGUUCUGUUCCCAAGUGUCAUUUUAAAGUACUUUUUAUUGUCUGUUUUCAUUUGCAAAGAUCAAAAAAACUUUCGUAUUCGAAUAAAUUAUAAUAAGUACUGCCGAUUUAUAAAUUUCGUAAAACUUUUGAAUGAUUUUAUAUUGUUGUCCAUGAUUUUCCUUAGGAUUAUUCUUGGAUAUAUAAUAAUAAUUACCUAAUCUUAUGAUAGGCAGGUAACUUAAACUUCUACUUGAUCGAAGUAAAUACGUUAUUUACGAGGUAUUCUCACCUGAAAUAUACAAGUUCACAAACCGCUUCACAAAACUGUUUUUUAAGAGAAUGAAAAUGCUUUUAUUGUAAGUAUUACCUCCUAUAAUUUUAAGUAUUACCUCCAAUUAUAUAAUUUAAUUUCUAAUGUAUUAGUUUAGAACGUGGGUUUUGCCUGAAAAAUUCAGGCCGAUGUAUUUAUAUACUUAUGUAUUACAGUUGCAACAUACAGACAGGACAGUGUUUUAUAUUUAUCUAUAAUUAUAUUGUAAAUCUUGAACGAGAUAUAACAGUUGUUAAAUAGUAUUUUCCCAUACAUUCAUUUUUUGUUGAUCCAUUUCCAUGUUUAAAAUGCAAUAGUUAUUUUACGUUAUUGUUUUAAUUGAAAAUUAUGUUUUUAAUUGAAACAGUAGCGCCACCAGAUCGUACAAUAGUUAUUAUAAAUACUUUAAAUUGCUCGGUCGGAUGCGGGACAACCAUUUUUUAAGAAUACAUCGACGACAUUUUAUUGUGUACUUUCACAAAUUGUUACGUACGAUCGUGCAGAGUUUUUGUAUGAGAGUCAGAGUCGAUAUAUUCUUAAGUCAAUAGCUUUAAUAAUUAUAUCAGUAUCUUCCACUUUAAACAUAAUAUAAUUAUAAAUAAUUACAGUUAUAGCAAUAGUUCCCAAUUCGCCACAGUACCUCAAUAUAAUAGUUACAUCUAUGUAUGAAUUUAAUUAUUAUAAGAUACAAUCAGCAGAUUUCCUCUUUUUAAUGUCAAUUAAGAUAUAAGAAACUCUAUUUAUUACUAAUGUAAGUCUUAUUUCCCAUUUUUAGUUUCUCAUCUCGCGUUUAAGCGAAUUUUCGACAUCAAAAAAUUCAAUUCAAGCCCUCGUUAUAUUUUAGUAGUUUAUUAUUUUCUUUCAUGACUUUUCGCGUCUAAAACUUUAGUGCCAAAUAUUGACAAUACGUUACAAGUCACAUGUCAAAGAACUCUUUAUUAUAAUUUAACUAAGUACUAUAGUACGUCAGAGAUACCAGGGUUGGCUCUCCCGACAUUGAUAAAAUCAAAAUUCAACUACUAAGUCGUGAAUUUCUUUAAAAGACAUUCAAUCUUAUCCUUUUAUCAUAAGCCUGAAAAUCUAUUAAUGAGAUUUACAACUUAGGAAGCUAGCGUUUUGUCGUUAUCAUUGCCUAGAUUGCCAGCCCUGGAACAGUAAAUAGUAACAUUAAUAUAGUUCCGUAACUCAAAGUGCACUUACAACUUUUUAUAUAAAAAUAAUAAGUAUUAUAUGAUAAGUAGUACAUGUGUCCCCCCGGUCGAGCAAUGUCGUUGAUACCCGUCUAUAUAACAGUACAUAAAAGAAAGUAUUUACAAUAUACAAGCUAUGACAUACAAUAUACUGACAGUUAAAUACUAGAAGUAACAUACAUAUAUCUACAGAUAAAGUAACGCAGUGGUGCAGUUUUACCAAAAGCUGUUAAUUUAUAUAUAUGCAAGUUUAUAUACAAUCCGAGUGUUGAAUGCUGCACUGUUGAGCAUCGGAUGCCGAGUUAGACGCGUGCGCAGCUCACGUACUGCGCAUGUGCUGUUGUAGUAUACUCACUACUGAGUUGUUUUCCUAAUGUUUACGUUUUUAUGUUUUAGUAAAACUGUGCCGCUGUUCCUUGUUAUGCUCGGUAACACAUUUUAUACACAGAAAUAUUUUUUUACGAGAAAAAAAUACAAUUUAUAUUGUGAAAGUUAAUUAAGUGGCAAUUCUAAUUUACUGCAUUAUAUUUUUGCUGACACACUUAGGAUUAGAUUUUUUCUUUUUUUUUUCGUAAUGUAAUGUAUGCACGAUCUGCGUUUUUAUUAGCAUUGAUUUUCUUUUUUCUUUAUAAGCUGGUUUCGCAAGUGAUACUCGCGUUUGAUUCUAGUAAAAAAAAUGAAAAAUAAUAUUAAUAAUUUAUUGUAUUUAGAUAUUUGGUAAAAAAAAAAAACUAACGAAGCAAUGAAACGCGAGUACCGCUGGCGAUGAUUUAAUAUGCCUAAACUAAUAUUGUGUUACUAUGUAAAAGUUAUAGUUUGCCAUCGUUGAUCAAAGAUGAAAAAAUAUGUGUUAAAUUUAGUUAAAUGGAGUUUUGUUAUACUUUUAAAGGGUCCGGGGAUGUGGUGUGUACAAAAAUGAAUUAUAGUAUUGUGUAUUGAUCGAAUAAGGUUUAGAUGUGGGGCCGAUAGGACCUGGUAGGCUUCUCUUGACAGUUGUUGUAAGUUACACCUCAGUCGGUGAAGACACUUAAAGUACUAUUGUUUUAGAUACGAGGUCGCGGUAACGAAGCGGUUCCAAACAUGCACUGGAGUCAUGGGCGCUGGGCCUGAGCGGGGAACAGAUCACGGGACGUCUUAGUGCCAAUAUCAUAGGUUUUAUAGUAUAUAUUGCAUAGUAUGUAAUCAUAAAAGGUUUCUCUCGUGGCUCAGUGCGUGUUCAGUUCCUCGUUCAGCUCCCGCGUGUUGUAAAUUAGGUAUAAUUGUAUAAGGAAUAAUCUGUGUAAAACACUUUUCGUAUGAAUGCAGUCAAAUCAAUCAGUAUUACUUAUAAAUCGCAAUAGAGGAUGGUUUUUGAAUGAACACGUCCAACAUUUUUAAUAUUAAUAGAAAAACAGUAGGGCGCCUGAUUCGUAAUACAUUACUUGUUGGAAAGGGAAUGUGGGAUAAUAUUCUGGUAUACAAGACGCAAUGUACAACGAAUCGGUAAAUCUGCAUUGAUACUAAAAGUAUGACUCAUGAUGUCCAGUGAUGUUUCGAAAGUGGUGUCUUUACUUGUUUUGAUGUUGUUGAUAUUUGUGAAUAAGGAAUCAAUUCGGGUUGAGUAGGACUGUCGCGGACACAAGGCACACGAUUACAUCUACUUAGUUAUCUUUCCAUUGCGGGAUUUCAAUAGUCCUUAUCACGACAAUACUUUACAAAGCCAGUAAUGGAAAGAGAAAUUAGUUAAAUGAUCGUUGUAUCCUAAUGCCGUGAUAGUCACGUUGGUAGGAAGUUAGGAACAUAUCAGAUAGUCGGAGAACUUAGUACUGUAAGUAUCUUUGAAUCUGACUCUUGUCUAAACAAUACUGGAGAAAAUAUAUCGGUUAUUUUUAAGUUUAGGUUUUCUAACAAAAUCUGCGUUUCGAAUUCUCAGCAUCGUAUAACAAAUGAAUGUAAUAAAAGUAUAAAAUAAAUUCGCAGUGAUUCCAUUGAUA